AUGGACUUCCUCGCUCUGUCGUGGCAGGUCCUCUUGGCUAUUUUGAUAAAUUUUUGCGGGAUAGAGGAGGCUGUGAGGUUUACUAACGGCCCCACUGAGUGGGGAAUGCUCUGCAACCUGAACGCGGCAGAACUCGAUCCGGAAAAUAUGGAGACUCAGAGGGACAGUAAGGACGGUGUGCCUCUCCUUUAUGCUAGUCUCAGCGGACUAAUAAAAUCGGCCGCCAAAAACCCUCCCAAUGGAUCAGUUUAUGCAAAGCCAUGCUGUUUUCCCGAAACUUGGGAGUCAGGUUUCAUCGUCCACACACGCCGCAUCGGUCGUCGCUCCCGGGGAGACCUCAGUCACUUCAGGAUUCUUAGGCGGCCGGAACUAAACUCCAUGGAGGCGGUUAUGGUGAUUGGGCAAAGCGUAAUGGCCACUAGUCUCUGUGCCAAUUAUACUGGUGACCGCCUCGAAACCUGCCCCACAGACACUGCAGCUUGCCUCGAAGUGCCCCAUCUUGGGGAGCCACGUUGUGUCUCCGAGGCUACGGGAUUCCAUUACAUGCCCAGAGGUGAUCGCACCCAAGAAGUUUGGUUCACGGACUCACGCAUCCCCACUGGUGGAAUUCGUCGUCAUAUUUAUACUUUCGACCGUCGUUACGGCCUCUGCCAGCUGAAAACUUACCAGCUCCUCACGGGCCAGUACAUUGAUGCCAAACGAAGUUGCCGGAUGAUGUUUCUAGAAGAUCGGCUCUUCCUACCCAUGGGGGGCUCAUUUAAAAUUGACUUCCAACACGCGUUAGAUAAAGAUCUUUUCAACUGCAAGACUUCCCGAUGA